AUGAGCUAUGUCAUCUCUGACGAGGAAUCUGAAAAGGCUGUCUCUGAAUUACGCAAGCUGGGAGAUAAAUUACGGCAGUAUAGCAGUCAAAAUCUCAAAAAGCUAGAAGAGACAAGACCGAUAGAACGCCCGUUUUGUCGUCAUAGCGGAACAUGUACUCAAAACUGUGUCAGAUCAUUUGUCAGGUCUUUCUUUGUCCUGUAUGCUGCAAACUAUUUAUUGGCUGUCGCGCCGGCCAUCAUCCGUGGACAGGUGUUCAAGCGUCCAGAGAUUCUGUAUAAAGCUGCUGGGAAGGACACCAGGAGCUUUGCUCUUUGGUUUGCCAGCUUCAUUUCUUCUUACAAAGGAUUCUUAUGCCUUUUCCGACGUUUGUCAAAGACAGACGCACCUGUAAUUUCCUUUGCUGCAGGAACUCUCGCUGGAACCAGCAUUUUCUUAGAUAACAACGAGAGUCGUCGUGUAGCAAUUGCUCUAUAUCUCUCGACCAGAAAUUUGCAUUUCGUCUAUCGAUGGGUCUGGAGAACCUUUUUGGAAGCCCGAUGGGGCAUCAAACGCAAUGAUGAUGCCGAAUCAGAUGGAGAACUUGUCAAAUUGGCAAAUGCAAUGGCUGAUCACGCCGAGAACGCAGCUGCUAGAUUAUCACCGAAAACUACUACAUCUAUAGCUAGCCCCACUAACACCAUAUCGCCCACUCGUUCGAGUGCAGACGGAUCCCUGGUACCUCGUAUACGCCCAGUAAAUAAUAGUAGUAGUCCUAAGAACAAUCACUCCACGAAUUCUACACCACAACGAUCUCAGAAGUUCCAGUUAACUGAUGAUGAUGAGGAUGACGAGGAGGAAUGGUCGAAUGUCUCUUCGAAUAAACAGAGUCCCAGUAGUACUGUGGGUAGUUCGUCUGGAAGGACGCCACCUAGGAAUGCUCGUGGAGAUGAAUUGGCUGAAAAGAUCACAUUGAAAACAGCGUCAAGUCACAAGCCACCACGCAAGAUGUUUGAUUUGCGGGGCUUUUUGAGAAACAUGAAUGCGGUCAUCGUGAUGUCACUUUCGUCUGCUCAGAUUCUUUAUGCUUUUACAGCAAUGCCACAUACUCUAGCAAAAUCGUACUUCAACUUUUUGUUGGUACACGGGUCAAUCCGCCAAAUGUCUGGAUCCAAAGCUCCACAGCAUAUGGACGCUAUUGCAUCUGUCAUCAACGGGUCAACUAGAGCUGUUACGACGAAAUGGAUUCCAUCUUGUAAUGAUGAAGGGGUGGUCUCGUCUAUUGAGAAAUUCAUUCCUGAUGGGAUUGAUCCAGGCCCAUUGAAACUGAUGCAAGACCUAUUGCUUCCUACAGUACACUCUCAUGAAUAUAUUAUCUGCUCUUUGCAACACCCUGGCACUCCAUACUGUACAGAAUCAGCACUCAAAUUCUUCUUUAACGAGUACUUCCAAGCCAUGAAGCUAUAUGCACCGCUGAACAUUAUUACACAACUGGUAUUCCGACCAACCGCAAUAUACAAGAAACCUCUCACGACGGCAUAUUACUUUUCGACCUCAACACUACGAUCUGCGCUGUUUCUGGCAUGCUACUGUACAUUGGGCUGGUCAUCUCUCUGUGGUUUAAGGAAUUACUUUGGAGGCGACAAGCCCUGGAUUUAUAUAGUUAAUGGAAUUGCUGCAGGCACUACAGUCCUGAUUGACCAAAAGGGUCGACGUCUCGAACUAGCCAUGUACUGUCUUCCGCGAGCCUUGGAAAGUUUCUUUAGAUGUGGUGUGGAAUGGAAUUGGUGGAGAUCGAUACCUGGUGGCGAGGCAAUCUACUUUUCAUUGUCGACUGGUGUGCUAAUGCUCCUAUAUCAGCAUGACGCUGAGAGCAUCCCUGAUACGUAUAGAAGGAUUAUGGGGCGUUUCUUUGGAAAGAACUAA